UUGGCGCGUCUCCUUUUUUUUUUCUACUACUGUUUGCUGCUGUGGUCUGGAUAAUUGGGCAUCCAAACAAACAAACAAAGGCUUCUGCUCCUCGCUGGCACAACCAAAAACUUCUCGUCAUCCAAUUUGCAGCUCCCUCCCGCACCAAACCCAAGAGGAGGGGGAGAGAGAUGGAGGAAUAAAGCAGGGUGCACGCGGAGAGGGAGAGCCAGCCGGAGAUCAAAAGGGAGGAGGACGGAGGAAAGCUUGCUCUGCUCUCAGAGAGGGAGAGAAGAGAGAAGCAGGGCAGGGGCAGCCCAUGGCCUCUGCUCCAGCCGCUAUAUAAGACCGACCCGGGCGACGCCUCUGCUUCCCCGUAGUCCGUCCCCCCACCCGUCCUGGUCUCACUCAUGCUUCGGUCCACGCACCCACCAAGCCCCACCAGCGGCAGCGGCAGCUCCGCGGCGCCGGCGUCGUCCAGCAGCUCCGACGCCGCGAUGGUCGGGGGCGGCGCGGCGGCGGCGGGCAGCGGCGCCGGCGCCGGCGGGCCGAGCGGCGCCAAGCUGCUGCAGAUCCUCAACGUGCGGGUCGUGGGCACCGGCGACCGCGUCGUGGUGCUGUCCCACGGGUUCGGGACGGACCAGUCGGCGUGGAGCCGCGUGCUCCCGUACCUCACCCGCGACCACCGCGUGGUGCUCUACGACCUCGUCUGCGCCGGCAGCGUCAACCCGGAGCACUUCGACUUCCGACGCUACGACACGCUCGACUCGUACGUCGACGACCUCCUCGCCAUACUCGACGCGCUCCGCAUCCCGCGAUGCGCCUUCGUCGGACACUCCGUCUCCGCCAUGAUCGGGAUCCUCGCGUCCAUCCGCCGCCCCGAGCUCUUCGCCAAGCUCGUCCUCAUCGGCGCAUCGCCCAGGUUCCUGAACGACAAUGACUACCACGGCGGGUUCGAGCUGCCGGAGAUCCAGCAGGUGUUCGUCGCGAUGGCGGCCAACUACUCGGCGUGGGCGGUCGGGUACGCCCCGCUGGCGGUGGGCGCGGACGUGCCCGCGGCGGUGCAGGAGUUCAGCCGCACCCUCUUCAACAUGCGGCCGGACAUCUCCCUCCACGUCUGCCGCACCGUCUUCAACACCGACCUCCGCGGCGUGCUGGGCAUGGUGCGCUCCCCCUGCGUGGUGGUGCAGACCACCCGCGACGUCUCCGUCCCGGCCUCCGUCGCCGCCUACCUCAGGGACCACCUCGGCGGCCGCACCACCGUCGAGUUCCUCCAGACCGAGGGCCACCUCCCGCACCUCAGCGCCCCAGGCCUCCUCGCCCAGGUGCUCCGCCGCGCGCUCGCCCGGUACUAGCAGCGCCUACCGCCUGCCUGAUUGUGAACGGUAUUUUUUUACCGCCUCGAUUUACCCCUGCCCAUGCAGAGAAUCAAAAAAUGGCGCGAGUCGCGCCGUUUGCUGUGCCUGUGCGCGCCAUGACUGUAGUAGUACAACUUGUUCUGGUACCCGAUUUCCUUUUUUUACUUUUUACUGGAGCCGAGCAGUAGUACUGGUACUCCGCAUCUUGCCUUCCACCCAAGGACAGAUAAGUGGGCCUGCUGGCGACACGUGGCGAGUGGCGAGUGCUCGAGGCGGUGCACGAGCUCGUUCCCGUCUUCGCCUGGCGCCGUUGCCUUUGUCCCAUCUGCAACGGCAGCAGGACGACUAGAGGAGGCUGUAACUUUUUUUAUUACUGCUGCUGCUAGUUUAUUUACGGCUAUGAUAUGAGAAUGAGAUAGGGAUCAGCUGGCGCCCCGGCGGAUCUUCUGACUAUGAUUAAGCGGCUAAUGUUCUGGAUU